AUGGAAGAAAAUAUGAAUACAUGUUUCUCCUUUGAUAUGCUUGAUAUAAUGAUUAGUAAUAGCAGUUAUAGAAAAGAAAAUGAAAAAUUAAUAUGGGAUGAAAACAAAAGUAAUGAUAUAUCAAAAAGUACCAAAGAUCAAUCAUUAUAUAAUACAUUUGACAACAGUGAACAAAUAAAAGAAGAUAGAGAUAAAAGCGUAUCAACUCAAAAUAAAAAAAAAAAAAGUUUAAAUAUAUCAGAGAAAUCUAAUAUAGAUAAUGAAUUUUACGAUGAUAUAGAUAAUAUUAUGGACAAUGAAAUAAACGAAUUUGUAGAUGCUGAUUUAAACACAUUUUUAAAUUUGGUAACGAAUGAAAAAAAAAAAAAAAAAGGGAAAGAAUCACACCGUAAAAUUAACGGUACUAAAAAAAAUUCACCAUUAAAAGUUCAAAAAGGAAAAAAAAAAAAAAUAAAUAAUAAUAAUAAUGAUAGUAAUAAAAAAAGAAAAAAUAAUCAAACAUCAAGUUAUGAAAUAUCAGAAGGUGAAGAUCUUUUAGACAUGUUUUCGUUACAUGAUGAAGGAAUUAAAGAUAAUUUUUCCGAAAGAAAUUAUAAUACCAAUGUUGAAAAUAGUUAUAUUGAUGGUAUUGAAUAUGCAAUAUGUAAUGAAAAUGAAAUAGUAAGUAAUAAUACUAGCAAAAAUUAUGAAAAUAUAAAUGAAUAUAAUUUAUUGUCCGAAGGAGGAAUAUCAAAUAGUGACAGUAGUGACAAUUGUGAAAUAAAAGAAGAUAUUUCAACAAAUAAUAAAAUAAAUAUAAAAAAAAGUGAGGAAAAAAGUGAGGAAAAAAGUGAGGAAAAAAGUGAGGAAAAAAGUGAGGAAAAAAGUGAGGAAAAAAGUGAGGAAAAAAGUGAGGAAAAAAGUGAGGAAAAAAGUGAGGAAAAAAGUGAGGAAAAAAGUGAGGAAAAAAGUGAGGAAAAAAGUGAAGAAAAAAGUGAAGAAAAGAAUAUAAAUAAUAAAUUAGAAGAUAUAGAACGACUUGAUAAAUAUUUAUUAGAACCAAGUUGUAUAGGAUGUUCUAAUUGUAACUACUAUUUAAAAGAACUAACUUUGAAAAAUUAUAUAAAAUUUAGUUCGAUGGGUGAGUAUAUAAAUGAAGGUGAAAAUAAUUUACUUUUUUUAAAAAAUAAACAAAUACAAGAAUUAGAAAAUGUAAAUAAAAAAAUUAUAAAACAAAUGGAACUAUUUAAAGAAGAAAAUAUAAAUUUAAAUAAAAAAUUAGCUGAUUUUAAAUUUGAAUUUAUUGAAAUAAAUAAAAAAAUUAAUAUGUUAAUAAGCCAAAAUAAGUUAUUGCAAGAUAUAAAUAAUGAUCUAACUAAAAAUCUUCAAAAAGAAAAACAAAAAAAAAAUCUACAAUCUAAUAAUUAUUCAGUGGGCAAAAAAAAAGUGUCUGAAAAGGAUUUCGAAAAUUCGAUAGACAAAGAAUUAUUUAACUAA